UGGGGCAAUGCCCUACAUGUAGGUCAGGCCGGUGGACGAGGCAAAGCACGAUGCGGCGUGGGUCCAUCGGGGAUGGGCGCAGGCAAAGUUUGCGCCACGAGGGAGAUCUGUCCCAUUUCCCGAUCCGUAAAUCCACACGAGCCCUCGCACUUGCGACGCGCAUGAUGGCAUUUCUCGCGCCUGCAGACGUGGCCGCCCCGCCGGAAGAGAAGCAGCAGUAGUAGACGGGCUCACGGGGUAGAGACAGGAUGAUCCCCCCGGAUGGUGUCCAUCCCGUCCCUCGCCCUUGCCCAGCUUGGCCGAGAGCAGGUGAAAAUCAAGGAGGCUCACAUUUCUUGAUUGUCCGCAGAUCGUCCAGCUUGUCUUGCCCUCUUUUCCCGCUUGGCGUUCGCGAGUGGCGUGUCCUCGCUCGCUGGCCUGCGCCUCACUUCGCUCCUGCCCGCCCGGCUGCUUCAGCCAUUCCCGCGCGCCAGUGGCCAGCUACACUCCUCCACCCACUCUUUCCUCCAUCUUCAAUCCCCCAUUCCGCUCUGCUGUCCUUUGGUGAAGCAGCCCUUGCAUAUUGUAUUCUCCCCCCGCCGUGCCACCUUCCCCGUCACACCACCCGCCCUCCGCCCCUCGACUGCACGCACCGCCCCCCUCGCGCCCGCGCCGUCGGAGCAACCUCCACCAGCGCAGCGCAGCCUCGUUUGCUUUGCCACACUUUCCCCCUCCGCGCCCUCGCAUCCGCCUCUCACGCACGCAUCCGUUGCGCGGUUUGCUUGCGACUUCCGGUUCAUUCGCUUACCACCGCCACCGCCACUGCCGCACCGCCUCAUACACCGCCCACGCGCCUGCGACUCGGGUCUCCUCCGCCGUCUCAACUCGCUCUCUGCAGCAUCCCUGCCAUAGCAUAGCGAGACGGAAGCGAGACUGCGGCUCUUCACAUUCUCCUCAUCACCUGCGUACGUCGGCCCCCUCCAUCCCCUCUCCUCCAUUGCACGCUCGUCAUGCUGCAUCGCGCCAUCUCGGCGCAUUUG